AUGCUACGCUACAUAAUCCUGUUUUGUUUUGUUUUACUGACGUUGACCGAGGUAAGAAUAGUUCUAAAAUUCACAUAAAAUUGUUAAUUAAAACAAUAAUUAAUGACAUUUUCAGUACCUUGCAAGUAUAUGUUUUCAUUCGGCAUUGUUCAAUAUCGUAUUCGCGAUGACUUUGAUGUGUGUAGUGAAUUCCGUAGAAGUUUGUAUUCCGAAGCAAAAUAUGGCGUUUUCUAUAUUAACAAGGUGAGAAUUAUUGAUUUUUUCAUUGAAAAAACUAUGUUUUCAGAGUUUCCGCUCCGAUUGUUGCAAUUGCUUGGCUUUUUAUAAAUUUGAGUCAUAUUUUCGAAGCGAUAACUGAUUUGGGACACGGUGAAUCUGGUAAUUCUAGUGAUGAUCACGGACAUUCGCAUGAACAUGUUGAUGGGAUUUGUGGAUUGGCGCUUGGUGAGUUGUUUUGGGGAUGGAAAAAUUUGAAACAUUAAAAGUUUACUUUGGAAGAAUACAUAUAUUGAAAACUCGAUUGAUUUUCAUGGAUUUUUAGUUUCCAAGUCAGGCUCACCUUUUUUAUUCAUUUAUUUCUAUUUUUUUUAAUUUUUUUUUGAUUUUUAAACAUACCAUCAUCAUAACUAUUCCAUUUUUUUGUUAUAAACUCGUAAAGUUUAUCGAAAUCAUAAAAUCAACAGAAUACGUGCUGUAAUAAUUUUCUAGCUUCAAAUCACCAAGCACUAAAAUUUAUUUACUUCAUGUUUCAAACUCCAAACGGUUUCAGAAAAUCAAUUCUAUCUAACCUGCAUCGAUUUUGUAUGCAAACUUGUUUCUCCAGUCAUUGUAUCAUUCCAAGCUGCAAGUGUUCUUCGCUACACAAUUCGAUAUAUCGCAUUGCUCAUUUUACCACCAAUUAUAGCGAUUGGUAAACUCUUUUUCUCUUCAUACUUUAUAAAUAAAAUUACAAAGAGUAUAUUUUAGCUUGUCUCAAAUAUGAUCUCACUGAAUAUCGUGCCGAACCUUUCAUUUGUCUGUUCCUAACAAUUUUUGUUGGAAUCGUAUUGUUUGUUGAUUGUAAGUGUUUUCUUGAUCUUUCAGAAAUCAGGCAUUUUACAAUUGAUAAUUACAGCAAAACCUUAUUCAAAAUACUUACUUUUGAAAACGCCACCAUCGGCUGAAGCUGAUAUGUCCAGCAUAAUUGAAAGAACAAAACUGCAGGUAAGAGGAUUUUAACUUCUGAAAAUCAAAUUCAUACAAUUUUUUUCAGCACCCACAAUUAAAAGGUGUCAGUCAUUUUCAUACGUAUGAAUGUUGGCCAAAUCGAAUUGAAGUAAUUAUGGAUGUGAUGAUUAGAAAACCUGAUAAUGACGAGAGUCAUGUUUUGAAUACUGUAGAUUCAUUCAAUAAAAUUCGUGAUGCGCUAACAAAAGACAUUAUUGAUUGGGGAGCGAAUGAGGUAAUUUUUCGAGAAUUUUGAAAAAAUAUGUAAAUAAAAGAGGGAGAAUAAGAAUGACUUUUUAUGGGAACAUCAAAUGUUAUUGAUUUGUUGCACACAAUAAAAUGUAACAAUAUAAGAAUGAGAUUAUUUUUGAAUUUUCGAUAACAAAGUUCUAAACUUCAAUGAACAUUAUUUUAAAAAGUCAGAUUUUUGAAAAUGGCUUGAAGAAUUUAUGAGGAUUUGUAUUAAAAAAUUGAAGCUGACAUUUCUUCUUACAUUAGAUUUUUAGAAUUCAAAAUAAAACAAGAAGUUAUUAUCAAUUAGUAUAUGUAUGAUAAAAUUCCUGAAUUUCAUUGACUUUUCAUUCAGAAUUAGUUAACUUGAAGAGUCUUUAGUACAAGUUUCUGACAAUCUCAACAAAAUAUCUCAAAACAUUCUCAAAUUUCAGGUCAUUAUCAAUCCCCAAUUCCUAGACGACGAUGAAUCCCAACAAAAUGCAUCAAUUUGUGUAGCCAGAAGUUGUCAUUUCUUCGAUCAAGGUUGUUGUAAACUUCCAAAUGAUGAAGCGAAACACGAUGAUCAUGAUCACACAAGUUCUGUUUAA